AAAAAAAAUUACUGAAAUGAUAUGAAAUUCCUAAACAGGGGUCAAAUCGAAAUAACGAAAAAAGUUGAAGUACUUUUCUCUUGACUUUUUCCAUGCAACAAACAACAAAAAGCUAUAAUAAAUUAUUCAUUCACUCACAACAAAAACUGUACUCAUACGCAACCUUCUGCUGAGAAAGAUAGACUCAAGAUUUCCCCUUUUAACUUUUUCCUCACUUUGCUGGAGAGAGUUUUGCUCUGCUUCCUGAGCUCACCUCCAGCUUCUCCACUCUUUUACUUCUUUUCACCAUUAAGCAUUAGUAUCAUUUAUGGAGUGUUGUACUACUACUUGAAAAAGAUUUCAUAUGAUUCCUUCAACAUUAAUUUCAUUUCUACUUUUGAUCCCUGAAACCCAUCACAUAUGAAUACAUGAUUAUAAAGAAACGCUUCAUCAACAGCUACAACAUGCAGAGCUUCAAACCUGCAGCAGUUUCUCCACUUACCUCCGUUACUCCUAACUCUCACAUGUAUUGCCAUUCAUCAUCAUCAUCAUCCUAUUAUCUCAGAGUUAAUGAUGUUGGUGGUGCUAAUAGAAAUUGGCCUAACUUUGUGGAUCUUGGAGAACUUGAGCAGUCAGUAUUUCACCAAGAGGAUGCUGUUGAUUUAAGCAGAAGUUCAAUAUAUGAUGACACGAAGCUAAGCACUGCUGCUGUUCGUACUAACUUGCAGUUUGGUGGGUUUGCCACGAACAUGGGGUCAGGAGAGUUGGGUUCAUCGCCAUCAGGUGCUAUGGUGGACACAGGGCAGUUCCUGAUGCAGAAGGGAACAAUGGUUAAUGUGGGAGCUAAUGGUGGUACUUUGGGAAAUGGAAAUUAUGAGAACUGGGGUGAGUCUGGGAUGGCAGAUAACAGCCAGCAGACUGAUACAUCUACAGAUGUUGACACUGAUGAUAAAAGCCAGUUUCAUGUUGUUCAGCGUGGUGUGAUAGUUGUUGAUUCAGUGGACCAGUCUGGAGGAAGAACUGGGGAUCAGAAGGCACUUCGAAGAUUGGCUCAGAACAGAGAAGCGGCAAGGAAAAGUCGAUUAAGAAAGAAGGCAUAUGUUCAACAGCUGGAGAAUAGUCGGCUUAGGCUCACACAGCUAGAGCAGGAACUCAAACAAGCACGCCAGCAGGGUGUAUAUAAUGGAUAUUCAGGAGAUCAGAGCCAUUAUGCCAAUGGAAAUGGGGCUUUAGCAUUUGAUGUGGAUUAUGCCCGCUGGCUUGAUGAACAUCAAAGGCUGAUCAAUGAUCUCCGCUCAGCUUUGAAUUCUCAAGUUGGGGACAAUGACUUGCGGCUCCGUGUUGAUGGAGUGAUGUCGCACUACAAUGAAGUAUUCAGACUAAAGGAUUUAGGCACAAAAUCAGAUGUAUUUCACAUGCUCUCUGGUAUGUGGAAGACUCCAGCUGAGAGGUGUUUCAUGUGGUUGGGAGGGUUCCGUUCCUCUGAACUUCUCAAGAUAGUUGGGAACCAACUUGAACCUUUAACAGAUCAACAGUUGAUAGGCAUAUGCAACUUGCAGCAGUCUUCCCAACAGGCCGAGGAUGCCUUGUCACAAGGAAUGGAAGCGCUGCAACAAUCACUUGUCGAUACACUUUCCCCUAGUUCCCUAGUUUCAUGUGGUUCAGGCAACGUAGCCGACUACAUGGGACAAAUGGCCAUUGCAAUGGGCAAGCUAGCCACCCUGGAAAACUUUAUUCAUCAGGCUGACCUUCUGAGGCAACAAACUCUGCAGCAAAUGCAUCGGAUUUUAACCACCCGCCAAGCUGCUCGGGCACUUCUUGUAAUUAGUGAUUAUAUGUCAAGGCUCCGUGCACUUAGUUCCUUAUGGUUAGCACGGCCUAAGGACUAAUCAAAUGUUGUGAUUUAGUAUCUAUUCUAUUUCUAUCAGCAGUACUACUCUAAAUGGUGACUGUAGUUGUAACCGAAUUGGCAUCCGUUCCAGGAAGUCUCUACUAUCCCUUUAGGUCAAAGAAAAUGCAGAUUUCAGGAAGGUCCAUAUCCUUAAACACUAAUGCUAACUUAAUUAUAGCUAAGCCGCUGGGAACUGUGUGAGAAACUGAAGUAAGUGUAGAAUUGAGACAUGAACAAAAUCCUUUGUAGGAAAUGUUGCUCGUGUGAGUGUUGACCCAUCCGAGAUGUACAUUAUGAGAACUGGAGUACUGAAUGGAAGAAAAGUAGUAACCGAAGAAACGAAUUGAAUAUUCAAUUUGCUAAUAACUGUUUCGAUUAAACUUUAGUCGAUGUAAUCAAUGAUUAGUAAUUGUGGGACAACCCAGAAUUUAUGAUGUAACUUAGACAAAGGGGGUUAUUCACUUGUUGAUCCUCCCUGUUCUAGCCAAAUUAUG